GAGCAGUUUCCCUGGUCUGAUAAAUUGCGUGUGAUACAAUUGGAGGAGACGGGUUCGAAACCGUCCUUUCGUGUUUCCUGUCAGGGCAGUUCGCAACUAAAAGUACCCGAACCAGACCAGCCAAAGAAGGGGGUCUAAGCAACAAGGAGCCAACAUGUCGGCAAAUAAGGAGAGCAACGGCGGGUGGAGGAAAUUUAUGUGGAAUUCAGAGAAAAAGGAGUUUUUAGGACGAACAGGGAGCAGCUGGUUUAAAAUCUUCCUGUUCUACUUGAUAUUCUACGGGUGCUUGGCUGGAAUCUUUGUGGGGACCAUUCAGGCGAUGCUGCUGACGCUAAGCGACUACAGGCCCAAGUAUCAAGACCGCGUGGCUCCUCCAGGUCUCUCUCACACCCCACGUUCGGAAAAAUCAGAGAUUUCCUUCCAUAUGAGCGACGAGAAAACGUACAAGGACUAUGUUACAAGCAUUCACGAGCUCCUCAAGAAGUACAAUGAUAGCAUUCAGACCGAGCAGUUGAACUAUGAAGACUGUGGCGUCACUCCUGACGGUUACAAGAACCAAGGAGACUGGGAAAAUGACAGCAAGAGGAAAGCAUGCCGUUUUUACAGGUCUUGGCUGGACAGCUGCUCAGGAUUGUUGGAUGAAACUUAUGGUUUCAAGGAUGGAAACCCCUGCCUUAUUGUCAAACUAAACAGGAUUGUCAGUUUCAGACCAAAGGCACCAAGUAACGAGACGCUUCCAGUGGCUGUCCAACCUCUAGCACAGCCGAACCUCAUCCCACUUCACUGCAAGAAUAAGAGAGACGAGGACUUAGACAUGAUCGGAGACAUCCAGUACUUUGGCAUUAGCGGCGGUUUCCCCCUUCAGUACUACCCUUACUACGGCAAACUGCUGCACCCACAGUACCUGCAGCCUUUGGUGGCCGUUAAGUUUACCAACCUGACCAGGAAUAAGGAGGUGCGCAUCGAGUGCAAAAUCUACGGAGACAACAUUCAUUACAGCGACAAAGAUCGCUACCAAGGACGCUUUGACGUUAAGAUCACAGUCAACUUGUGACCUCAGCUGUGACGAGCACGCUCAUUUACACACAAUUAAUGUAGAGAGUACAAGAGUUCAAAUAAACACCACUAGUCUUUGAACAUUCAUACUAUACAGGACCUACACUUAAUCCAUGUGCUUUACACUAGCUUUUUCUGUGCGUUUGUGGAGGUUAGAAUGUAAAAUACCAGAGUAGCAAUAGCGAAUAUUUAUUCUACUGUAAAUGAAAAUAUUCCUUGAGCCAUGGGAUGUAUUCAUCAAUUACUGUAAAACUGCAAUUCCACUACUGACACGUAGCGAGCUGUGUUUGUCUGCCAUCCUAGUGUGACUUCUAUAUAUUUUUUUGAGGCUCCAGUGCUGUCGCCCUGUCUCAUCUCAAUCUCUCUCGUCCCAUGUCUGCUUUAGUGGUCCAACACGUGUUUGUGUGUGCGUGUUUGUCUGUGUGCAGCUGCGGGUGUGCUACAUGUGCUCCAAUUAACUGAAACACUGGCACGGUACUCUGAACCUUUAAUGCCCAUGUAUAAGUAAAUGACUGCGCUCCAAGGAAUCUUUUUGCGUGUAACAAAUUUUAAGUGGAUUGUGGAUGCGUUUUUUAAUUCACCUUAGCUGUAGGAUAGUUUAAUGACCUUUUCCGUUUGAUACUCUUACGUCUGUUCUUAAUUGAUAGUGUAGAUCUUUGUGGGUCCAGCCUAGAAGUCUGUCACCUCCACGGAAACAGUGGCAACUCAGUGCUUUUAAAUCUGUUUUGCUGGAGACAUCACAUGAUGUGAUGCAACUUACUAUUGAAUGUUUUAGCCAUUUUCAUGUUGGAAGAUUUUUAUAUUUAUGCAGUUGUACAUUUUUUUUUCCUUCAAAGUGUAAUGUAUGAAUCCAAAUACCAAAGUCGCUGGUCAAAAUUCAGAAAAUCCAAGGCAAUGCAGUAUCCCGUGUAACAAGGUGUUUAGUUGAUGUGAAAAUAAUUAAAUCUAUGUUCAAGAUCAAAACACUUGUCAGGAGUCUGCUCUUGUCACUUUAUUUAAUCUGCAUAAGGCUGAAACAAUAAACAGUGAAACAAGA